CGUUGAACGGUUCAAAAAAUUACAAAAAAUAAAAAAAAACUUCGGUUUUAGAAUUUUAGAAUUUCCGUGAUCGAUUGUGAUAAGAAAAGAGAGUCGCAAAAUGGCUUGCAGCAAUAUCGUGUCUGCGUUAACACUUGUGCUCUUCGUAGCGGUUUCAUGUAACGGCAUUGCAUUUGAAGGUCAUCGCCGAUACAGUCCUGAUGGCAAUGGUCUUGACUUUGUGUAUCACACGCACGAGGAUAUGACGACCUUUCUAAGAACGAUCACUGCCCGAUAUCCCAACUUGACAGCGUUGUAUAGCAUCGGCAAAUCCGUGCAGAAUCGCGAUUUGUGGGUACUUGUCGUGUCCUCGUCGCCAUACGAACACAUGAUUGGCAAGCCUGAUGUCAAGUAUAUUGGCGGUAUUCAUGGAAAUGAGCCUGUUGGAAAGGAACUUUUGUUACAUUUGAUUGAAUACCUUGUAUCAAGUUAUGACACCGAUCAAUACAUUAGAUGGCUCUUGGAUAACACUCGAAUUCAUAUUUUGCCGUCCUUAAAUCCCGAUGGAUAUGCCAUUGCCAAAGAAGGAGUUUGUGAUGGCGUCAAUGGAAGAGCAAAUUCCAAAGGAUUCGACUUGAAUCGUAAUUUCCCGGAUUAUUUCAAGCAAAAUCCCAAAAAGCCUCAACCUGAAACGAUCGCCAUCAAGGAAUGGAUUCAAAAAAUCCAAUUUGUUCUUAGCGGUUCAUUACAUGGCGGAGCCUUGGUUGCGAGCUAUCCUUAUGAUAACACACCAAACUCAAAAAUAUGUCGAUCCCAAGUUUUGUGUCAGUUAUUCCAAAGUUAUCCAUCAACCGCAAGUCUCACGCCUGACGACGAUGUCUUUAAGCAUCUUUCUUCCGUUUACGCUGACAACCAUUCCAAGAUGUCGCGCGGCGUUUCGUGCAAACAAUCGUCUCCCGUCUUCAAAAAUGGCAUCACAAACGGCGCCAAAUGGUAUCCUUUGACCGGCGGCAUGCAAGAUUACAACUACAUCUGGUUCGGUUGCAUGGAAGUCACUCUCGAGAUCAGUUGUUGCAAAUUCCCGCCAGCUCAUGAACUCGCCAAAUAUUGGGAAGACAAUCAUUUGAGCUUGAUUAAAUUUUUGGCGGAAGUUCAUCGCGGCGUUCAAGGUUUUGUCACAGACACCAAUGGAUAUCCCGUGGAAAAAGCCUUGUUGAAAGUCAAGGGACGUGAUGUUGGAUUCCAAACUACGCGUUACGGAGAGUUUUGGAGAAUUUUAUUGCCCGGAACUUACAAAUUGGAAGUCUUUGCCGAUGGAUAUUUGCCGAAAGAAGUCGAUUUUGUUGUGGUUGAACAACAUCCAACACAACUUAACAUCACAAUAACGCCUGGACAGCGCAAUGAUGCACAAUACCGUCCAUCAGAACAAAAACCUCAUUAUAGGCCUCCAUUAGCACCUGUACCUGACAGAGACGAAGGAAUUCUUUCUUCACUCUCAAAUGGUUUUAACAGUUUUGUCAGUAACGUUUUUGGAUAAUAAUAAAAAAAGAGCAAAUAUUUUGAUUAAAAAUAAAAUUAAUUAUAGCUUAAUAUUAUAAAUAAAAUUCCUAAA